UCAGGGAUAGUUCUAUGAACCGCUUCAUCUGCAGCAAUUAUCAUUCUUGUUCUCACGGCAGACGCACAGGAGUGGCACUUUCAACCAGAACGUUAGUGAGGUUGAGUAGAACGGGAGAGAGGGGGCGUUAUCACCAGCUAAAACACGAUCCACUCUUUCUGCCAGUUUUCAGAGUUUUCUCCCCCCAACGGUGCUAGAAACUCUCUCUUCCGUCUCCCCCAUGGCAUACGCCGCAUAUUGGAUGACGCUCAAAGGUGAGGGAUCGCUCCCAGGAGUUGAUCGUCAGACUUCUACAAGUCACACCUCACACAAAACAGCCUCUGGUUCUCAGUCUCAGACCAAACCGGCCACCGCAAUCCCAGCAGCACAGGUUGCUGUGAAGCCUGCGCAGUAUGAGAAUGCCCCUGCCUCCACCCCGAAGCCUACGGGCACCCAGGCAGGCACAAAGGCAGCAGGUGGCGCGACCGUUAUGGCCCCUGCCUCAGGAGGAGCCAGUGCAGCAGGUGGCGCUACCACACACAAAGGCUCACCCAAAUCCACCACAGAGACCAGCACUCCCGCCAAAGUAGCCCCCAGCCCCACAGCGACCACAAAAUCCAAGACGACCCCAGCUCAAGAGACUCUCAAGAGUACACCCAUCACUUCGAGCACGUCCCAGUCAGCUAAGGCAGAUGCCUCUGCAGCAGCCAAGCCUGCUGCUAAGGGUGGUGUGUCUGCGGACACUAAGGGUGCCAAGCCAUCAGGCACUAAGGUACAGAGGGAGGUAGGCCCUCCGAAAGCCCACGCCAGUGCUCCGGCUGUUGAUAUUGAUCCCUUAGAUGCCCUGGCCGGCACGUUGCCCUCAGAGUCUUUGGGGCCCACAGCUCCCGUAUAUACAGGGCCAGAAGUCAAAGAGCCUGGAAUGACAUCAGAGAAGGGUGUAUUAUGUGGGGAGAGAGAUGACACACUUCCACCUGGCUACAGAAAGGAGGACCUGGAGAAGAGGGCCCCAGCUGCCAAACCAGACGUGAAGCCCAAGGAGGUGACGAAACCUCUGAGCACAGAUGAGGCGUUGGAUUCACUGUCUGCAGGCUUCAUGCACUCUGCUCCCCCAGCCCCACAGAAGAAGAAGGAGACAAAAGUCGAGGAUUUAGCAGCCAUUGAUGCCUUGUCAGCUGGCUUCUCAAACUUUGCACCACCACCUCCUGCUUCCACAAAGUCCCCUGCACCUCCUGCUGAUAAGAAGGCUAAAAAGGAGAAGGCUGGUGGUGAUUUCUCCCUGAUGGGAGCACUGAGCUCUCCACCUCCCGAUGCUAAACCAAAGACUGAUGAGGGCGGCUCCAUGUCUCUGGAUGCCCUCAGUGCUCUAGGAGACACUCUGGCUGCAGCGGAGCCCGUACCAGAGCCCCCCAAACUCAGACCCGAGGACAUCGUUUCGGAGGCCAAGCUGAAGUCUGAGAAGGGUGUGAGAGUAGGUGAGAGAGAAGACUCCCUCCCCCCUGAGUAUCGCUUUAAAGAGAAGGACCUCAAAAAAUACCCAGCCCCUAAACCCGAGCCCUCCAUGGACCCGACUGCAGCCCUGGACAUCCUGUCUGGUGACUUCACGUCCUCCAGUGCUGCCCCUGCUGUCCACGCCCCCGUCAUCACCCCCUCUGCACCCCCACAACCGGCUAAAGUAGACGACUUCUCUUUGGAUGCCCUGGCAGAAGACUUUGCAGCUCCCGCCGUUGCCCCUGCACCACAAAUGAUCGCAUGUGACUUUGGACUGGUCGCUCCUGCUGUAGCUCCUGCCAAGAUCUCUGCCCCAGCCCCUCCUCCUCCUGCCACCAAGGCCCCAGCAGUGCCUGCCUUUGAUGAGGGCGGCUCCAUGUCUCUGGAUGCCCUCAGUGCUCUAGGAGACACUCUGGCUGCAGCGGAGCCCGUACCAGAGCCCCCCAAACUCCGACCCGAGGACAUCGUUUCGGAGGCCAAGCUGAAGUCUGAGAAGGGUGUGAGAGUAGGUGAGAGAGAAGACUCCCUCCCCCCUGAGUAUCGCUUUAAAGAGAAGGACCUCAAAAAAUACCCAGCCCCUAAACCCGAGCCCUCCAUGGACCCGACUGCAGCCCUGGACAUCCUGUCUGGUGACUUCACGUCCUCCAGUGCUGCCCCUGCUGUCCACGCCCCCGUCAUCACCCCCUCAGCACCCCCACAACCGGCUAAAGUAGACGACUUCUCUUUGGAUGCCCUGGCAGAAGACUUUGCAGCUCCCGCCGUUGCCCCUCCACCACGAAUGAUUGCAUGUGACUUUGGACUGGUCGCCCCUGCUGUAGCACCUGCAGCCGUUCAGUCCUCAGUGUGUUCAGCAGCUGAAAGACAGUUGUCAUCGGGGACGUGCGAUGCCCUUGAUGCUCUCUCAGACACAUUAAUGGACACAACCCCAGUUCCCCAGCCCGCCCCUGUCCCAGUCAAAAACAUCGUCAAGGAGAAGACCAUCGAGGCGGAGAGACUCAUCAAGAUGGGAGAGAGAGAUGACAGCCUGCCCCCUGAGUUUAGGCCAAGCGAGGAGGACCUGAAGGCACUACCACAAGUUCAGCCAGACGUCAGACCCAAACAGAAGUCCAUGGAUGACUCCACGGCUCUUGACCUCCUGUCCAGUGAUUUCUCCACCUGUCCUGUUGCACCUGCACCUCCUGCUGCUGUCUUCACAGUCCCUGUGGAGGCUCCUGCUGCGCCAGCUCCAGCUCCAGUGCUAGAUGCUCUGGCAGACACUCUGAUCCCAAAGGCGGUCACAGAGGUCAAACCCAAAGAGCAGAAGCCAAAGGUCAGCCAGGAGGGCACACACACCACAUCUGAGUCAAAGAGUGGAAAAUCAAAGUCCAAAUCAAAGAAACCAGCAACAGAAGACUCGUCGGCUCUAGAUAUGUUAUCUGACCAGCUGACCUCUGACGUAGUGCCCACAAAGAAGGGAGGCAAGAGUUAGAGAGAUAAGGAUACCAGUGCACCGCCUCCCCCUGCCAUAAUAAGUCGCAUAUUAAGUCAACUGAGCUGCUCAGAAUCAUCAGCGUUUUUCAAACAGGAUUCAUUGACACAAGAUGAAACCCAUGUACACACACACACACACACACACACACACAGGCAGUCAGUAUGAAAUAGAAAAAGGAACACCACAUCCACACCCCCACACCCAACAUGAAACACAUUACGUGAAAGCCACCGACUUGUGCCCACCUACACACAAACACACCUGCCAUUACAUGUUCAAACACCGCGAGAGCCACGCCUUUUCCUGCAUGGUUUCACCUCUUACCAGAAAAAACUCACACAUUGCAUCGCAAUUCCUCUCAUCACACACGGCCGGUGAUUGGCAGGCUGUCUGUCCAAUCCUGUGGAAGCCAUGCCUGGACAGUGCAGCACCACAAGGGGGUCUCACAGCCAAACAGCUUGGAGGUUGGAAGUCAUGUUGGGGAGUUUGCUGCAGCACUGGGAUAUCUAAUCUAUGGAUGUUAAAGACAGGUGGUAGAUAAGUAGGAUUUGUGUGUGUGUGAGUUUGUAUGGAGCGAGGCGUUGUGCAUAUGGUUAUAGGAAUGAUGUGUGUGUGUGUGUGUGUGUGUGUGUGCGUAAGUACAUGAUUGUGUGUUUGAGGAGGGUGUCAUUAGGCUUGUAUACAUUCGAAAGUGUUCUAUAUGAGUAUCUGAAUCAGCCAUGCACCUUGAGACACUAGUGUACAGCACUGUGUAGUUUAGUUCAUGUAGUUUACAGCAUUAGAAAAACUGUUUCUCCUUAUCUCUACUCCUCUGUUGGCUUUGAUAGUUUAUGUAAAAAAAAAGAUAUCUCAAUAUAUUUGUCGUUAAGGAAGGGAUUUAGAUUUUUUUUCUUCUUUUUUUCUCAUUUAAGUACACUUAGCAUCUCGUCGCAGCCUGUAAAGGAGGAACGCUAUAAGUAUACUGUAAAAAAAGGCCUCCAGUGAUGGUGUGACUGCACAUUGGUUGAGUGUACAGUAUCAAGUCCUCCGGUGUUUUCACGUGCCAAAUAAUGGUUUAAUCUCAUUGCAGCUUUAAACCUUGCAUUUAGUAUCAUAGGCUCCACAAUCUUAGAUGUCACCCUAAUGCUUAGGGAGGAGGACCCAGAAUGAGGCUCUUGUAAUAAUGUUUACAUCCUUUUGUUAUGUCAAGGGGAUUGUGGGAAGUUGAGGGUUUUUGUCUGAGGUUAACCUCCUCUCUUGUACUGAUGUCAAAAUGGUCAACAAAACAACCAAAGUUGGGUCUUCACCUUGGUGAACUUUUAUCUCCACCCACUUCAAUAUGAAAAGCUGGAUGUCCAAAGGACAUAAAAUAUGAUUGACAUUUUUUGUGCUAUAGGAUUGUUUACUUAUAUCUUCUUUCUGGGCUAUACUGUACACAAAUCUAUGCAAAGGACUGUGUCCAGUCAGUAUGUGCCAUGGGAGCAUCACCAUAUUUGUUUGGUUGAUUGCUCUGUGGCCAAGCUGGUGAAAUAGUUGCAGUCUUCUCUCUUCAAUGUGCCUCUGUAUUGAAGUGCAGUGAUUUAAAUUCUAUCUAAGAGCCAUUUUUUUGGAAAUGGGAUUUUUUUCUGCUAUGAGAAUAAAAAGUGAAUAAAG